AUGAGGAUUCUUGAACUUCAGCUCGACUACGUUCUGGCGAGGAACAUUCCUCAGUCAAAUAUCCGAAAAUGUAGAGCUGUUUGGGGCGUCACUUUCGACUCUGACCACCCUCAAAUUCUACUCAGCUUCAAGAUACGGUUCCACAAGAGAAACCGAGAAAUUCCUCUUCAGCCGAAAAUUGACAUGACAGGUCUGAAAGACGAAGAAUGCAGAACGAAAAUCCUCCAACGUGUGUAUGUUCAUGUUGGAGUACGGGCCAGGAAGAAGCUUAACGAUGCGGAUUCCUUCACGAAUUGCACCCAGGAUGCUGCUAGGGAAACGCUCCCGGUUCUAUUGCCGCCGAAGAACACUGGUGACUUCAACCAGGAAAAACGUCUUAGAAAAAAGCUGCGUCGUCGUACGUCAAGGGCGAUGGAGUUCGGGAAGGCGUGGGAGCACCAGAACCCGCGGAAAGCCUGUGCUUUACUAAAACAGUAUUGCGACAAAAUGAAAAGAUGUUCUCCUGUCCUCAACUCUGCCAAUGGAGUAGCUGUCGGUGAAGCAACCCUUCCAAUUUGGAGGGACUUCAAGGCCUUGCUGAACCGGCUAGCACCGUCAGCUCCUGAACUCGAGCACGUUCAUAGACCGACAUGUGCGGUUAACGAGGAGCCACCGACCGAGUCGGAGGUCCUGGUCUGUAUUCAGAAAAUAAAGAAUGGGAAAUCUGGUGGAGACGAUGGGAUUAGCGCAGAAAUGCUGAAAUAUCUUCCUUUGUCUGGGAUUCGUGAGAUUACGAAGAUAAUCCGUUCAAUAUGA